UGAGCUAGAAAGGAAACGAUCCAGCAAGAACUAUGUAAACAACCAAAUAGUAACUUUUUGGGGUUUGGUGUGUAUCACAUCAACUAUGAGUUCGAUUCCUCGAGAGAACUAUUUCUGUAAAUUAAAUUAUUGCUACUUAUUAGUUUGGGUUAACUUUUGGAUACGGAAGAUCGUAACAGACAACUGAUUCACUUUUUGGCAAUAGUUAGAACAUAUUCAAACUCGGAUCAGACAGUAUGAUACGCUUUUGAGCUAAUUCAUUUUGUAGCACUAAGUAUGUUUUUCUUGGGGCAAACCGAAUAGCUUUAUAAAAGAAAAAAUUAUAGAACUAUGUAAGCAACAUGUUCAAUGACAGUACUUCAUGAGGCUUCUCACAUGAAUUGAACCAACCAAGUUUGUCUCAAGGAUAAAGCUGAUUAAAAAGGAAACUACUUGGGCCGAAAGCCUAUUAUAACCCUGAAUUUAUCAAACGACGUCGUUUCCACGAAGUCCUAUGUUUUGGACAACAACCAAAGCCUUGUCCAAAUCCGGGUUAUGUAAUAGAUCAAACCGGCAUAGUUGAAAAAAAUAAUAAUAAAAAAUUUAAAAAUAUACUGUAUUUCGUAAUGAAAGGAUUAAAGCCUUUUUUGUCCACGCCAAUAUUACAAGGCAAGACCCCGCCGACCUAUAGCUUCUUCGCCGGAGAGACCGACCUUCUUAAAUUCUCUAUAUAUAUAUAAAUGGCUUGCCGUCUUCUAAACCCUUUCUUCGUCGCCGUCGCUGGUUUAGGCUUCUCGUUGCUCUAGCAUUCUUCUACCCUUACCUUGCCGCCAUCCAUCUGAAAAACAAAAGUCAUUAAGGUACACGUACUGGAGAGAAAGACAGUGACUUUUUCUUCUCUGUUUACUUUUAUCAAGGCACCAAAGAUGAAAUCAUGUCAGCCCGUUUUUUUCGACGCUGUUGAUGUGUUGCCAUCUCUAGGACUGCUAGAGAUUUAGACGUGUUAGCUGAGUUUCUGUUCAAGGUUUUAGGUUUAGCUUUGUUACUAGAUAGACAUGGAAUCAAACUUCGUCAAGGUAUUGGAUAGUAGUUUUAAAGAUGGACCUGGAAAAAAGAGAAAGCAUCCUGAUUACUAUGAUUCUGGAAGGUCAUUCGCAAAGCUGCAAUGUGUGCUCUCACCAACCGAAAAGCUUAAUAGUGGAAACAAAGUUAAUGCUUCUGAGAAUCCCUCUGGCAAGUCUUUGGUCAGAUACUACUCUUACUUCAAGAAGACGGGAGUGCCAAAGCGUGUGAUGUUCUAUGAGAACGGCGAAUGGACUGACUUGCCUGACCACGUUAUUUGCAGUAUCAAGAACGAUCUUGAAGCAAAGAGAGCUGUGAUUGAGGUAAACUGGUCCGGACGCUGUUUUGUUCUUGAUUUCUUACACAUGCAUCGCCUAGACUUGGAAACAGGUGUGAGAACCCACCUCGCAUGGAUUGAUAUAGCUGGAAAAUGCUUUUUCCCCGAAGUUUAUGAAAGGGACUGUGAGGAAGAUCAAUGUGAGAUCAAGCUGCACCUUGAAGUUGAUGUCAAUGGUGUUGUUCAGCCAUCUUUGGAUGAGUCGUCAGAGGAUAGCUGCAGCAGCAUUGGGACUAAUAUGUUCUCUGGCCUCAAGCCUGCUGAUGAAGAAGAAGUUGAUGUAGAAGCUGUCAAAGAAAAAUUUGUUUUGGGUAUGGCCACUCUAGGAGAUGUAGAGUUGCUUAAUGCGUAUCGUUUCUCAGGUGACAUCACCAAAGCUCGUCAAUCUCUUUUUAACAAACAAGCUGACAUCACUAAGUCACGCCGAGGAGAUGCAAACAUUAGAUACGCAUGGGUUCCCGUUAAGAAGAAACUCUUAUCUUCAGUCAUGAAGCAUGGACUUGGUGUUGGUGGAGAGUUCAUCAAAAAGUCUAAGUAUGGUGUUGGGGUUCACUUAACCGCUGCAAACUGCCCUUACUUCAGUGCUACACAUUGUGAUAUUGAUGAAAACGGUGUACGUCACAUGGUUUUGUGCCGUGUGAUAAUGGGGAACAUGGAGCCUCUUUGUGGUGAUAGAGCGCAGUUCUUUACUGGUGGAGAAGAGUAUGAUAAUGGAGUUGAUAAUGUUUUGAGUCCGAAGCAUUAUCUUGUCUGGAACAUGAAUGUGAACACUCAUGUUUAUCCAGAAUUUGUAGUUAGCUUCAAGCUGUUGUCUAUCCCCAAUGCUGAAGGGGGUUUGCUUUCUGAGAACUCACGGCUCACCUUGGAAGGAGCCAAAGGUUCUGUUUCAAAUCAGGGGACAGGAAGGGUAACAAAUGGAGACAAGAGUGCCGGUUCUGCUUUGAUGCCUUACCCUCUGCUCUUCAAUGCAAUUUCAAGCAAAGUUGCUCAGGAAGAGAUGGACUUGAUCACUUCUGAUUACCAACAACUUAGGGAGAAGAAGAUUUCUAGAGAGGAAUUCUCAAGGAAGCUGCGGGUGAUUGUUGGAGAUGAUGAUCUGCUGAGAACCACCAUAACAUCUCUUCAACGGUUGCCAUCAAUGAAAAUGAAACCGGUCCCAGGUGGCUAUUGCAGAUGAUGACGACAUUUUGUUAUGGGAGAGGGGUUGGAAAAUGCGUCGACUUCUUUGUUCUGUCGUGAAACUUUAUGAUUAGAGAUUAGGAGAAACAACUAUCUUAAGAACAAUACCAAUAUUGCUAUAAGUUAAAUUUACUCUUUGUGAAACUAAUCAAAGAGUCUUUAACUGCUUUUGCUUUUGUGAAACUAA